AUGCCGUCCCGUGACGCCGCAUCGGCCGUCUCAUAUUCCGCCGAUAGCAGUGCAGGCCGAAGCUUAAACAUAAAAUCAGUCGUCACGGUCAACGUCUUUCAGGACGUGUGUCUUGGGAUAGGCAUAUUCGGAUUUGCUGCCAGUGCUUCGCUGGCGCUGGAAGCAGAUGAUCGCCCUGUCCGGACGGCUCGUGAUGAUGAUUCAGCUUUGUCGCACUUGCCCCGACAUUCGGCCCCGGCGUCGGCCAAGUCGGCCAAAUGCCGCCAGGAAAAGACAACCCCCCACCGGGCACGAUUAGACGUUAUGGCAAUUCAUGGCAAUUGCGGGGGCGGUGGCUUCGCGCUCCAGCACUGUAACGAAUUUUUUUUUUUCGUUCCAUCUUUUUUGGUUUUGAGGCGGCGGAGGAGCACCACCAUCAGCUUCUUCGGCUGCACCAACCGGCUACAGCGAGAACCCCUGCCCUCCUCCGUGCCCGUGCUAGCCGUUGCAUCUCGCACACCCUCACCGACUUCUACUCCCAAGCCUCUGCCGACAACGGAUGGCCUUUUCCUGCGGUCUUUCAAGCAUUACGCCGGCCCUGUCCACUUCGAUGCUCCCUGCCACUACCUUAGCACACUGCUUAUCCUCCCGAUCUUCCGCCCGCUGCCGUACCGCCUGGACCAGGCCAACGUCCUUUCACUUCAGCAACAGGGAGAUGCGAUGGAGUCGGCUUGCAGCGCAUUGCUCCUUGGACAAGUCUAA